GGUGGAGGCUGAAGGUGACACGAAGAGGACAGAGACGGGAGUGUUUGUGAGCAGGUCGAGCGCGUCCCGCUCCGUGCGACGCGGAGGCUUCCCCUUUAACAUCAUCAUCAUCAUCAUCCCUACAGCUGCUGCUGCUCCGCGCCGAGGAGGAGAGAGCGCUGCGCGAGUCGCGAGCGCGAGCGCGAGCGCCAGGGCGGCCCAAUGGCAGCGCGCGCCACGAGCGCUCUCACUGUGGAGUGGAGCUGAGCGGAGGGCACGGGACUGCCAUCGCGCGCACACACGGUAACCCGGUCUAGAAGAAAGACUUUCUACAUUUUCCAGGGGCUACAGUGCACUAGCUAACAGCAGUGAGAUCUGCUUUAAUGAACUGCAGAAACUCAACCCAGUAACUCAAUCAAGUGACUCAACGCAGUGCCAGAACACCAAGCAGCAAAGCAGCCCAUUUCCAGUUUCUCUGUUCUGUUUUAAUACGAGACCUAUUUUUCUGAGGGGAUCCCAAGAGGAGGUGGAGACUGACGAAGAUGUAUGGAAGUGCCAGAACAGUCGGGAAUUUGGAAGGAAGUCCCUCCAGGUCUCCCCGCUUGCCGAGGUCCCCAAGGCUGGGACAUCGGAGGGUUGCUGGGGGCAGUGGUGGUAGUGCAGGCAAGACUCUGUCCAUGGAGAAUAUCCAGUCUCUGAAUGCGGCCUACGCCACCUCAGGACCAAUGUACCUGAGUGACCAUGAGGGAAUAGGUUCAACCACCUACCCAAAGGGCACUAUGACACUGGGGAGGGCCACCAGCCGCGCUACCUAUGGGGGUCGGGUCACAGCCAUGGGCAGCAGCCCGAACAUUGCCUCGGCUGGCCUUCCCCACAGCGACACAUCCUCCUACGGUGAGCAUGGGGCUGGCCUGGGUCCCCACCCCCACACAGUGAGCCCCGCCCUGCGGCAGGUGCGUGACAAUGCCAUGAUGGACCUGCAGUCACAGCUGAAGGAGUUGCAGAGGGAGAACGACCUGCUGCGCAGGGAGAUGGAGGUCAAGGAGAACAAGCUGGGUUCCUCCAUGAACAGCAUCAAGACCUUCUGGAGUCCAGAACUGAAGAAGGAGAGAGUGCUGCGGAAGGAGGAGGCCGCUCGCACCUCUGUGAUGAAGGAGCAGAUGAGGCUGACACAGGAAGAGAAUCAGCAGCAAUUGGAUGCCAGAAGGACUAAGCACCUGCAGAUGACCAUCCAGGCCCUGCAAGAUGAGCUGCGCACCCAGCGGGACCUCAACCAUCUCCUCCAACAGGAGAGCGGCAGCCGCGGUGCUGAGCACCUCACCAUUGAGCUGACGGAGGAGAACUUCCGGCGCCUGCAGGCCGAGCAUGACCGGCAAGCCAAGGAGCUCUUCCUCCUCAGGAAGACCCUGGAGGAGAUGGAGCUGCGCAUCGAGACGCAGAAGCAGACCCUCAGCGCCCGUGAUGAGUCCAUCAAGAAACUUCUGGAGAUGCUGCAGAGCAAAGGCCUGCCAUCGGAACGCUCGGCCGAGGGCGACCAAGAGCGGGCGCGCCGCGUGGCCGAGGCCGAGUCACAGGUCAGCCACCUGGAGGUCAUCCUGGACCAGAAGGAGAAGGAGAACCUGCAUCUGCGCGAGGAACUGCACAGGAGGAACCAGCUCCAGCAGGAACCGGCUAAGACCAAGGCCCUGCAGACCGUCAUAGAGAUGAAGAAUUCCGCACCCCCUUUCUGUUUUGAUCCAGAUGUGAUUUGGCAGGAUACCAAAAUUGCGUCUCUAGAGAGGAAUAUAAGGGACCUCGAGGAUGAGAUUCAGAUGCUGAAGACAAACGGAUUGCUCAAUACGGAAGACAGGGAAGAAGAGAUAAAACAGAUGGAGGUCUACAAGAGCCAUUCCAAGUUCAUGAAAAAUAAGAUUGAUCAGCUAAAGCAAGAGUUGUCGAAGAAAGAAUCGGAACUGCUGGCCUUACAAACAAAGCUGGAGACAUUGAACAAUCAGAACUCAGACUGCAAGCAGCACAUUGAGGUGCUGAAAGAGUCGCUCACUGCCAAAGAACAGCGUGCUGCCAUUCUUCAGACAGAGGUUGAUGCUCUGAGGUUGCGGCUCGAGGAGAAGGAGUCGUUUCUCAACAAGAAAACCAAACAGCUCCAAGACCUUACGGAAGAGAAAGGGACACUUGCAGGGGAGAUCCGGGACAUGAAGGACAUGCUGGAGGUCAAGGAGAGGAAAAUUAAUGUCCUUCAGAAAAAGAUUGAAAAUCUCCAAGAGCAACUGCGCGACAAGGACAAACAGCUGAGCAACCUGAAGGACCGCGUGAAGUCGCUGCAGACGGACUCGAGCAACACGGACACGGCGCUCGCCACGCUGGAGGAGGCGCUGUCUGAGAAGGAAAGAAUCAUCGAGCGCCUGAAGGAGCAGCGGGAGCGGGAGGACCGAGAGAGGCAGGAAGAGGCAGAAUCCUACAAGAAGGAGAACAAGGAACUCAAGGAGAAGGUGAACGCCCUGCAGGCGGAGCUCACUGAGAAGGAGUCCAGUUUAAUUGACCUGAAGGAGCACGCGUCCUCGCUAGCGUCCUCGGGCCUGAAAAAGGACUCCAAACUGAAAUCUCUGGAGAUUGCAAUAGAGCAGAAGAAGGAGGAGUGUAGUAAGUUGGAAACCCAGCUGCAGAAGACUCCGAAUAGGAAUGACGGGAAACCUGCGGCCCAUGAAGCUGAGGAGAUGGCCAGGAUGAACCCUGAGUUCCUGGAGAAGCUGAGGAACCUGGAGAAGGAGGUGGCUUACCACAAGGAGGAGUCGGGCAAGUCGCAGGCCGAGGUGGACCGGCUACUGGAGAUCCUCCGCGAGGUGGAAACGGAGAAGAACAACAAGGACAAGAAGAUACUAGAGCUGGAAAGACCUGGCGGCAGAGCACCCCCAGAUCGGCACCUCUCUGUGUCAGCUGCCCCACAGCAGAUAGGGGGUCUUAUGUGGGAUUUCUUUGGAAACUUGGCUUCCAGACAAACGAAGGACCAGGACAAAAAGACGCCUGGUGUGAAGCAUAACCAACAGACGGAGAAGAAGAAGAACACCCAGGUGCUGGAGGAAUCGCGCAUGAGGGAGGAUGGCAUGAUAGAGAACUCCCAGCAGAUACAGCUGGAAGAGCUCCUUUCUGUACUGGAGAAGACCCGUCAGGAGCUGGAUUCCACCAAGCAACGGCUGACGUCCACUCAGCAGUCCUUGGCGGAGCGAGAUGGCCAUCUGAGCCACCUGAGGCAGGAGCGCCGAAAGCAGCUGGAGGAGAUCCUGGAGAUGAAACAACAAGCUCUGCUGGCAGCCAUUAGUGAAAAGGACGCAAACAUAGCCUUGCUGGAACUGUCUGCAUCCAAGAAGAAGAAGACGCAGGAGGAGGUGAUGGCGCUGAGGCGGGAGAAGGACCGGCUGAUGCAUCAGCUCAAACAGCAGACCCAGAACCGGAUGAAGCUAAUUGCUGACAGCUAUGAUGAUGAUCAUCAUCAUCCCCAUCAUGCUCAUCACACUCAUCACGCUCACGUGCCGCAUACACCACACGCGCAUCCACAACACCCCCCUCACUCCCACUCCCAGCAUCCUUCCCACCCACAGAAUCCUUCCCAUCCACACCACCGUGGCCCCACCCGUGCGCCAGCACAUGUGCCACCCCAUGCCAACCAUCGUCCAUCUCCUGACCAGGACGAUGAGGAGGGAAUCUGGGCAUAACCCUUUCCAGGAACCAAAGCUCCAGGUUUGUUCUGAGGGAUUGCUCUGCCUUCCUAACCUAUUGCAGAUGCUUUAACAUGUACAGACAGGUAAACAACUGUCCUGAAUAUGAUACGAGUUUCCUUCAGGCAAAAUAUGAACAAUGUUGUAUUUGUAACAGUCAAAAACUAGUCAUUAUUUAAAAAGCUAUCAGGAUUUCCCAGGGUGUCCCAGGCCUUAUAAAGAUAUACAUGAUUGUUUUUAGUUCCAGAUACACAACAUGUGUGUUCAGCGACUACUUCAUUUCCCAAAAUGUGCACAUUCCUAUAGAAUUCAUUACAAAUGAGCAUGCAAAGUUUGCAAUAAUGCCAAACACAGUUAACAAAUUUUUAACAAGGCCUACUGGCGCAAUGCCAUGCUGCUUGAGGAACAUCAACGGAAUGCCAUAAAUUCAAACAUUAAACAAAACUUCUAUUGCCCACAGACUGGUUUUGUUUACUUCUGCAAUACCUGCAAGGUGGGUAUUUUUAGAGGCUACAUGUAUGAUUUUGCCAUGUUUUAAUUACUAAUUCUGUUUUCUAAGAUAAAUGGCCUGCUUUACAAUUAAGAGUGGUUUGGACAGUGACAAUUUGGGGCCAAGCUACAGAGAAAUGCACAAGCCUUGCAGAUCACGUUAAGUUGCCCACAGCUUGUGCCUGGUGUCGGUCCUCUCUUACUAAUUGUCUGUUAAAACCAAUCACCGUGGAUGUAGCUGAAGGCAGCUGGGAGGACUAACACAUUGCAAGCUUAUUUUUGAAUUAUUGCCUCCUGUCGUAACUUUAUCGCAUCACCAAAAUGAAAUAAUUAAGCAUGUUAGAGGCCAUGUUUGAUCUCGACGACAACAGCAUGACCUCUGAGGAAGCGACGGGCAGGUUUUCAGGCGAUGACGAGUUAAGGAUCUGAGCGUAUUGUUGUGGAAUUUAAGGACUGGCCCGAGGCCUGCUGGGAUUUUCAGGCUUAAUACCCAAGCUCUGCUGGAAACCCAUUUCCUAGUGAUAAAAAAUCUAUUUUGUCCCUCUCGGUUUCUGGAUUUGCCUAAUUAGCCCAUCAGAAGUACAGGUGCCAUGUGCUGCAGGUUAGAAAAGGGCAUUUCUGCUCUUUAUAUUUGUCGGGUAUCUGUUGUGGGUAUUCCGGGUGAAGGCUUUCAACAUUUGGCGAGCACAUGGACCGUAAUUCAGUCUAUCCCGGACAUCAGAAGCUGCAUAAAUUUUUACUGCUGUUACUAACCAGGGACGUGUUUGCCUUAGUCCACUGGCCCAGGUGCUGGCUUCUGCAGCAUGCCGUCUAACGAGGAGAGCAGCGGUGUUGUAGCCAUGUGGAAAAGCAGGGAUGGUAGUCAUGUCAUUGUGGGUCCACUUUGAAUAUCGAUGUCUAGGCAGCAGACCAUCACUCAGCAAGGCUGUCACUCAACUGCCGGAUGUGAUUACUCUGAUGCUAAGUGGCCAAAUCCUGACUGCUCUCCUUUUAUCAUUGUUUUGGUGUGAAUCAACUCGACACUGUCACCGUUAAUAUGAUAUCAUAAUGUUUACUGUCUGUGUUUACGUAGUCAAAGCGACAGCUGUAAGUGGUACAGUUUGUUUCUGAGCCUGUGCUGAGUGGCCUGGUUGCGAAAUGCUCUCUUCCUGUGGGAGGUCUUGCCAAUUGAUGUGUGAACUCUGGUACCAGGGUGCAUGGGAGUGUUUAGCGCUGAACUAGGGCCCACCUCAUCCUUAGAUGCCCAUCUGUUUGUG